UCAGUGCUAAACACCAGCAGAGAAUCAUAUUUCGCUCGUUCUGUGUAGAUGGAACAGGCAUCGGUCUUGAGAGUCCAUCCUGAUUUAAAGCUGCUUACUUGGUUUUCUGGGAUUAAAGGUGCUCAAUGAAUCAGGGCCCCCCAAAUGAGUCAAACAGCCAAUUCUUGCCAACAGUUGGUUGAAAAUUGUGCCGUGCAUGUAGCAGGGAUGGCGCAAGAGGACAGUCGCCGUGGUCAAGUGCCACCCACGUUCUAUCAUGGUGCCAGCCAGGAACUCGAUCUGUCCACCAAAGUAUACAAGAGAGAGUCAGGAAGUCCUUACUCUGUGUUGGUGGACAGCAAAAUGAGUAAACCGCAUCUCCAUGAAAGAGAGGAGCAGCCAUAUUUCAGGGAGAACAGAUCGGUAGGAGAGGUCCGGGCUGUGAAAGAAGAUAGAGAAAACUCUGACGACUCUGAGGAGGAAGAAGAGGAGGAAGAUGAAGUGACUUACAAAAGGGAGCAGAUUAUAGUAGAGGUAAACCUUAACAACCAAACAUUAAAUGUAUCAAAAGGGGAGAAGGGUGUCCCCUCCCAGUCCAAAGAGACUGCUGUUCUUAAGACCAGCAGUGAGGAAGAGGAGGGUGACAGUGGGGAAGAGGCCACUGAAGACAGUAAUGAUUAUGAGGAAAAUGAGAGGCAGAAGAAAAAAGAGAAAAGAGUGGAAAAAGUUAGUGUUGCACAAAGGAGAACAAGGAGAGCUGCAUCUGCUGCAGCAGCCACAACUUCCCCAUCACCCAGAACUACAAGGGGUCGUAGAAAGAGGGUGGAGCCCCCCAAGCGUAAGAAGAAAGCUGCAAAGGAGCCCAAGGCACCUGUGCAGAAAUCAAAGUGUGAAGAGAAGGAGACUUUAACCUGUGAGAAGUGCCCCAGGGUGUUUAACACACGCUGGUACCUGGAGAAGCACAUGAACGUCACUCACAGGCGCAUGCAGAUCUGCGACAAAUGUGGGAAGAAAUUUGUUCUAGAAAGUGAGCUGUCCCUUCACCAGCAAACAGACUGUGAAAAAAAUAUCCAGUGCGUUUCCUGUAAUAAAUCAUUCAAGAAGCUCUGGUCCCUCCAUGAACAUAUCAAGAUUGUCCACGGAUAUGCAGAAAAGAAAUUCUCUUGUGAGAUUUGCGAAAAAAAGUUCUACACCAUGGCCCACGUGCGGAAACAUAUGGUUGCACACACAAAGGACAUGCCAUUUACAUGUGAAACCUGUGGAAAAUCAUUCAAACGCAGUAUGUCUCUCAAAGUACAUUCCCUACAGCAUUCUGGAGAGAAACCUUUCAGAUGUGAGAACUGUGAUGAGAGGUUUCAGUACAAGUACCAGCUGCGUUCCCACAUGAGCAUCCACAUUGGGCACAAACAGUUCAUGUGCCAGUGGUGUGGCAAAGACUUCAACAUGAAACAGUACUUUGAUGAGCACAUGAAAACACACACUGGAGAGAAGCCCUUUAUCUGUGAAAUCUGUGGGAAAAGCUUCACCAGCCGCCCAAACAUGAAGAGACAUCGCAGAACUCACACAGGGGAGAAGCCCUACCCAUGUGAUGUGUGUGGCCAGCGAUUUCGCUUCUCCAACAUGCUCAAGGCACACAAGGAGAAGUGCUUCCGUGUUACCAGCCCCGCCAACGUGUCAACUGCUGUCCAGAUCCCGCUGUCCACGACUUCUCCUGCCACCACAGUCCCUGCUGUAGUGAACACACCCACCACCCCGACUCCACCUAUCAACCUGAACCCAGUGAGCACGCUUCCUCCGCGCCCCAUUCCCCACCCGUAUUCACACCUUCACCUACACCCUCAUCCUCACCAUCCGCAUCAUCUCCCCAUCCCCCCGGUUCCUCAUUUACCCCCUCCUCCGGCUCUUUUUAAGAGCGAGCCUUUAAAUCACAGAGGCCAGAGUGAGGACAACUUCCUGCGACACCUGGCAGAAAAAAACAGUUCAGCACAGCACCACUAACGUCUUUGCUUCCCGCCAGCUAUUUUCCCGUUUUAUGCACAUGGAAACAUGCCCUCGUGGAAGUACAGAGGGUUAGUUGGUGAGGAUCUUUGUCUUUCUCCUAGCCCCAGCAGAUGGUCCUAAUUUUUCCUUUGAAUCAGUUAACAAACAAGGAAAUCCUGUUUCGGAUCAGCAGUGCUCAUUUGAACCUGGGAACCAACAGGACUUAAACCCAAUUUGCUUGCGUUUUACUGGUGACUUUUAUAAAUUUCAGAUACUGAGACUUGUGGAAUUUUAUAAUUUCAUAUCAGCUGAUGAGGUAUGCUUGCUUUUAUAUCCUGGACUUCUCCUCAAAGAGGAGAUAGGCCUGGUUUUCUUUGUACUAAUCGGAAAGGCUGUGAGAUUAAUACAGAGCAUUAAUUGUAUCACUGUGUAUCGUAAUGGAUUCUUUUCAGCUUAUGGUGCCGGCUAUGGAGUGAGCCAGCCACGUAUCACAGUAUAUUUGAGCAUUAUAAAGAAAGACAAAAAAAUUUCUUGUUUGUGUAGCUCUCCUAACACACUCUUUAUUUUACUACAGAAAUUAUUUUAGAGUUUUUUGUAUAGACCUAUUUAGUAGUCUGUUUCUAAAAUGAAAUGUAUUUCAAUAAGCGGUGUAAUUUUUUCAGUGUAGCUGGACCUAUGUUGUAUAAUAGAUAAAUUUUUAUAAUCAUCAAAAUGUGAUUCUUAAAAGAUGCAUAUAGCUUCUAUAGUUAAAGUUAUUCUUACAACCAUACAACUUAAAAGGUGCUUCAGAGAAGAAAGGAACCCAAGAGGUCUCUGGAAAGGUUGCCUCAAAAGUGAUGUUGUUUUCAGAACUUUACGUAAUUUAUU